ACAUUCCAUUUUUUUUUACAAUUUUAGCCUCAACACUAUCUUCUUCUCCUCUACAAUCCUGAUUUGUGCUCACUCAAACAGAAAGACAUGGCACUCUCAAAGCCACCACCACAACAUUUUAGUCCCUUUAACAAUCCAAAUCCUCAUCUAGAAACUGCGGCUUCUACCUUGACAUUCUCUACUGAUUCAUCAAGAAGAAUACGAAGAGACGUUCUUCUCUCAGUCUCAGGAACAAUAAUCCCUCAACUGUUUCUCCUUGACCUCAAACGCUCUUCCUCCGCAAGUGCUGCUGACCUUUUCAGCUUCCUGGCACUACAACCCGAGCCUGUACGCACUGUCGAGAUGGCUAAGGAAGGAUUAAGAGAAAAUGGGGAAAAUAUAAAAAAGAUAAAAGAGAUAAUGAUAGAAAAUAAGAGGUGGAAAGAAGGAGGGACAGAGUUAAGAAGAACUGCAUCAAACAUGAAACAAGAUUUGUAUUUAAUCAUCCAAGCAAAGCCUCCCAAGGAUAGACCUCUUCUUAGGUCGUUCUAUUCAUCUCUGUUCAGUACUAUCACCAAGCUGGAUUAUGCAGCAAGAGAUGGGGAUGCAACUAAAGUAAUGGAGUACUACAAGAGUAUUGCUGCAAUAAUCGAUAAUAUUUUUACUCGAAUUUAAAAUGUCACUGUGAAAUCAGUACCCUACGGAAAAAAAGUUUGUAAAAAUAAUCUCAUUAUUUUGAAAUACCAGCAUUAUUCUUUAAGUA